CGAUAUUUACCAUACUCCAAACUAAGUAGACACGCCGGAAGACUCAAACCUAGGCUCAACUUUUUGGAAAACCCGAUUCAAAAUUAACCGAAUAGAAAAUUCGAAUCCUGUUCAAUUCAUCCGCGACAAGCAGGGACCUUCACAUAGACCAGGAAACAGGACUCAGGACACGAUGGAGCUGUGGCAGAAGUUCCGAGUGCAGGUGAACGACUUCUUCUUCGUGAACUACCCGUACAUAGCGGUCUACAGCGGACUGGGCGUGGCAUUGACCGCCUACCUGCACUACCAGUGGAAGAUGCACCACUACGACCUGAUGUACUGGAAGCACUUGGCAGAGGCCUUCUCGCAGGACAUCGACUGCUUUCAGCUGGUGAUACUACUGGUGAUAUUCGCGAUCAACGCCAUCUUCGUGUUCAUCAUACUGAGUGUAUAUCUGCGGCCAGCCCUCGACGAUGGCGGUGAGAUGUCCUUGCUGGAGAUCAAGGACCGCUAUGCCCGGUUCAUCCUGCUCCGGCUGAUAGCCCGUCUCGAUCGCAUCCAGUCGAAGAUCUCGGCGAAGCGGAAGAGCCUCACAUUCCAGCACUAUGCCAGGGCGCACACCAACAUGGUCAAGGCGGUGGCCCUGUUCCGCAAGGAUGCCCGCAAGCUGAUCCUGCCCAACGAGUCGGAGAUCCUGAUGCCCAUCGAGGACAUCUACGGGGUGGCCGAGGACGAGGACCGACUGCUGCGGCGAUCGGGCUACUACAAACUGAUCAUCGACACCACCGACGAGACGGUCAAGGCGCUUUUCAAUGCCAAGUGAUUAGAAACCACAACUCCCCUCACCCUCACCAGCUAGCUAGCUGAUCCGGUUCCGAUUCAAACUUUAAGUAAACUGCAGUCCGCACACUAA